AAAAAAUUGUUCUUCGCUCUCGACUUUUUUUCUGCGUGAAGCCCUCGGUCAAAGUGCAAGCACAGCCGCAGUCGAGCCGCCUUCCCACGCUUCCACCGACAACAGCAAGCGCGGCUGGCGCACCUUUCGACAAACCGCCACCAUGCCUCUCUUUAUCCUUACCGAGACCAGCGCCGGCUAUGGCCUUUUCAAGGCGGCCGACAAGAAACUGCUGGAGUCCGACAAUCUCUCAGAACGUCUUUCCACCGUGGAUAAGAUUGUUAAAGAGAUUAAGUACAAGGAGUUUGCCAAGUUCGACAGUGCCGCAACAGCGCUUGAGGAAGUUGCUGGUGUGAUUGAGGGCAAGGUCACGCCGAAGCUGGCCAGUCUCCUCAAUGAGUUCAAGGAUGAGAAGAAGGUCACUCUGGCCGUGGCCGAGAGCAAGCUCGGCAGCUCGAUUCUCAAGCUUCCCGGAUUGAACAUCAAGCCCAUCUCCGACUCGUCGACAACCGACUUGUUCCGUGCCAUUCGCAAGCACUUGCCCGACCUCAUCCCCGGCAUGCUCCCAGAAAACUUCCAGGAGAUGUCUCUGGGUUUGUCGCACUCGCUCUCGCGGCACAAGCUCAAGUUCUCCCCCGACAAGGUCGACGUCAUGAUUGUGCACGCCGUGUCUCUGCUUGACGAGUUGGACAAGGAGCUAAACACGUAUGCCAUGCGUGUUAAGGAAUGGUACGGCUGGCACUUCCCCGAGCUGGCCAAGAUUCUGCCCGACAACUUGUCCUAUGCCAAGGUCAUUGUUGCCCUCGGCAUGCGUGCAAACGCGUCCAAGGCCGAUCUGUCCGAGAUCUUGCCUCACGAGAUCGAGACCGCCGUCAAGGCCGCUGCUGAUAUCAGCAUGGGUACUGAGAUCACUGAGGAGGACCUUGAAAACAUCAAGCUGCUUGCUGAGCAAGUCAUCAGCUACUCCGAAUACAGGAGACAGCUUGCCGAGUAUCUUGAGAACCGCAUGAAGGCCAUCUCCCCGAACAUGACGGAACUCGUCGGUCCUCUUGUUGGUGCUCGGCUCAUUGCGCAUGCCGGCUCUCUCAUCAACCUCGCCAAGAACCCUGGUUCUACCAUCCAGAUCCUCGGCGCUGAGAAGGCUCUCUUCCGUGCCCUCAAGACCAAGCACGCGACGCCCAAGUACGGUCUGAUCUACCAUGCUUCGCUAGUCGGCCAGGCUUCUGGUGCGAACAAGGGCAAGAUGGCUCGUCAGCUGGCUGCGAAGGUUGCGCUUGGUGUGCGUACAGAUGCGCUCGCCGAAUUUGAGGAAGACGCGGAUGAUGAGACGCGCGCCAGCCUGGGUAUCCGGGCCAGAGCCAAGCUCGAGAACAACCUGCGCUUGCUAGAGGGCAAGCCGCUGUCGAAGGGUGUUGCGGUCGGGCCCAACGGCGUUCCGCUCGGCGCCCCCGCCAAGUGGGAUAUCAAGGAGGCUCGCAAAUACAAUAUUGACGCCGAUGGCCUCGGUGCCGAAGCUCAAGCUCCUAAGAAGCCCCUCAUUCAAGAGGUGGAUGAGGAGAUGGCUGAGCUCGAUGUGGCGGACAAGUCCGACGUGGAAAUGAAGGACGCUCCCAGUAAGAAGGACAAGAAGGAUAAGAAGGACAAGAAGGACAAAAAGGAGAAGAAGGACAAAUCCCAAAAGUCCAAGGAAUCCGAGGCUCCGGCGCCGGCCAAGAUUACCGAGAAGGACUACGAGCGCCUGGCCAAGGAGGCCGGCAUGUCGGUCUCCAAGUUCACUCGCAAGCUAGAAAAGGGCCAGAUCAAGGUGAACGCCGAUGGCACAGUAGAGGUUCUCAGCAAGAAGGACUCCAAGACACAGGAGGUUGAGGAGGAGCAAGCUGAGACUCCUGUCAAGUCGAAGAGCUCGAAGCGCAAGCACGAGCCCGAGGAGGAGACGCCAGCGAAGGAGGAGAAGCCAAAGAAGAAGAAGAAGAAGUCCAGCAAGGAGUAACCGGUUGCCUGUUCUGCUGGGUUUAUCUCUUUUACUUGCUUCUCUGUAUGAUACACCUUCUGGCGUCCCGGCUGGUGGUUUUGGCGUUUGGAUGGGCAAGAAAACGGCGUUCGGGUGGAUUGGUUGUGUGUAUUCGUGCCGCACUCCAGCUUCAGGUGAUGAAAUGGCAGGAACGGCGGCUAGUGGCUGGUGCUCGCUUCACGCGGCACCAAUUCUCGACAGAGCGAGAAAUAGCCUUAUUACAGAGUGUCCAGUUUGACUUCCAGAUGAUAUGUUACGUGUAUUGAGAGAGUUUGGUAGCCCAGAGAGGAAUCAGUGCUUAGUCCUUGCUUAUCGCUUAUCGCCC